UUCCCGACGUGCCAGCUGACCCAGUCUCCCCGCUCCUCUGUGCGCAAGCGUGGCGAGGCAGGGGCGGACCAUCUUCGCCCCAUCUCCACGCUCCUCUGGCUCGCUCGCACUCUCCUUCCUUCCUCGUCUCCCAUCGGCGAACUUUAAGACAGUGUGGCACAAUUGGGCAAGCCUCCCCUUCUCCUUUCGUGGCGAGCGGCCGUUGCCUUUCCAGCAGCCAUCUCUGGCGGAGGGGAGAGCGAGAGCCAGCGACCCUCUCUGCCGAGGGAGCUCUGCUGCAGCUGCUUCCCCCCCUCCCCGCCACCACCACCUUAAUCAUCCUCAGUACCACCACUAUAUGACUCCUGCCUCCCCCCCCCCAGAGUUGCCUCCUGUGCACCAGCCCAGUUCGGAUUAUAAACUAACCAAACCCAACACCUUUCCUUGUCUCCGGAGGCGCCGGUGAAUUUCUCGGCAAACCCAGCGGAUGGGGGGUCGCUCCUGACACCCAGAUGGCUGGCUGAUGCUGGGCCUCAAAGGCUUGGUGUGGCUGUGGCCUUUCAGAUAUUUUCCAGGAAGGGAGGUGCAUAUUUCAAGAGGUCUUGAACUUCUGGGAAAUGAGCCUGGAGGAAAGGGGAAGGGCCUGACGUCCGCUACCCCUGCUGUAAAGCAUUUCCUGAGGGAUACGGCAAAACUGAUGGGGAACCUGAGGCACAGAGAGUCUAAUAAUCUUGCCCAAAGUUUCCCACUAGCCCAGCUGGAAGGAGAAAUCAGGAGUCCUGAAGCUGCUCGAUACCACUGCAUUGCAUAGUGUGCAAGGAGGGACAAAAAAAUGGGAUUGUAGAUUCCCAGCCCAUGGAGGUGAUGCUGUCUUGGUUUGGGAAGGAGAGGACUGUAAGUAAGUAAAGUUUUAAAGUUGCAUUAUAUGGUAGCUCGGUGGUGAUUAGGAAGCAUGGAGACGUGUGAAAUGGACAGCAGUGUAUUUUUCUCUCCCAAUUUCAUUUCUCUCUACGAUGGGCCUGUGGUGUGCUUUGGAAGCAGAUCACAACUCACCUCUGUGUCAUAUAUUUCUCUGUACUGAGGCGAUAACCAAGUGUCUCUCCAUCGCAAAUAUAGCCAGGUUUCUUAAAGCCAGUUGGGACCCUGUUUGGAAUUAACAUGCACUAGGUGGGAACCGCAAGAAAAGUGUCCUAUGUUUAUAGGACAUGACUCCCCACCCCCUAAAUAAUUUUGGGAACUGUAGUUUGUUAAGGGUGCUGGGAUUUGUAACUCUGUAAGUGGUAAACAACAGUUCCCAGGAUUCCUUGGGGGAAGCAAUGUGUUUCAAGCGUGCGCUAGCUGUAUGGUGCAUAUACAGCGCCAGUUCAGGAUCCCAUUCAACUCCAUUCUAAUCCCCUCCCCAACAGCCAGCCCUCAUGGGGUUGUUUUUCCCCCCCUUAAGAGUCCCCCCUCCUGCAAAGCCUUGGGGUUUUCACCAAGAGUGCUCACACCUUCCACUUGGUUGGUAGGUGGUGCUGUUUUCACUGCCUACAUAGGCUGCCUACAUAGAGGCUUCACAUACUGUGGCAAAUAUUAGUGGGGAUCGAAGUGGAGGCUGCAAGCCAAUCCCAACAUGGGGAUGGGGAUUCCCUCUGCCCACUCUUGGAAGCUGCUAUUUGCCAAAAUUAAAGGAGAACCCAGGAGAUCAAAUCUCAUAUCUCAGCUGUCUUAUAUAGUUUAUCCCCGGGCCUACUGUGCCCAUUUUACAGAUUGAGGGAUUGAGGCUGGAAGAGGAAAGAGCAGCUUGCUUACGGCUACAUAGUGAGUUCAUAGCCAAAGUGAUUUCUAAACCAGGAACUUCCUAACAGCUUGGUCUCUUCUCUUCUCUAUUGUACAAGUUGUUGUCUUUUUAAAAUAAAGGUAAAGGUAAGGGGACCCCUGACAGUUAAGUCCAGUUGCAGACGACUCUGGGGUUGUGGCACUCAUCUCGCUUUACCGGCCAAGGGAGCUAUUCAGGUAUCUUCACAUCCCUAAGUUUAGCAUUAAUGUCAUUGGAUUUUAAAAACAGAUUAAACUGCAUUUUAGAGUACUUUUAAAAAUAUAUGUCUGAUACUCCUGUUAAAGAUUAGAUAGGUACCAUCUCAGUUGUUUUUUGAGCACCUAAUGAAGACCUUCCUCUUUCAGCAAGCAUUUUAAAGUAGAGAUCAUUCCUGUCUGUAUUGGCAUUGCUUUAAAAUGUUUUGACCUGUGUGUUUGCCACCCUGGGCUCAUUUGGGAGGAAGGGUGGGGUAUAAAUAAAUAAAGUAUUAUUAGCAUGUGUUGCAAGAAAAAAAUGUUUGUGGAAUGUCCUGGGUUUAAAUGUAAGAAUAUUAGAACUUUAUUCACAACUUUCACUUGCAAACAAAGGUUUUGUGCUUAGAAAUAGGUAGCCUUGAAGCUCUGACCUAUUGAUGCAGAUGUACGGUAGCCAUGGUCAUGAAGCUGGAAGCUUGUUGCAGACUCAGGCAACUAUGGUUAGGAAAUAGGGAGCUUGCUGCUGGAGUUAGUAUUUAUGGUGAUACUGCACUAUCUACACCAAUAUUUAGGAUUGUUGACUUUUAAACCAGUGCUUGAAACCAGAGUUCAAAGCUGCUGGAUUGCACUAACCAUGGCUAGUGCCCAUUCAGGUAAUGUUGCACCAUAAUUAACACUAACUUGAGAAGGGAAGGUGGAAUUAGCACAGGUAAGAAAAUGGAGAUCUGUGUAAGUCUGGUUUACACUCCCAAUCUCCUAACUCUGUUUGGGAGAUUAUCAGUGUUUACAUCUGUACUAGGGUUGUAUUUGCAAUCCAAUAACAAGAGCUUCCAACAUGUAAUUGUUAUCACUUCAGAGCUUUUACCACAGAACUAGCUGGCCCUGCCACGCGUUGCUGUGGCUAAUCCCUGUGACUGCCACCACCCUGUGUCGAUCCAUGACGUAUCCCGCCCCCUCCUCCCCCACCCCCGCCUCAUCCCUGUGACUGGCCCCACCGUGUCCUGACCUAUCCCGUCCCCUCCUCCCCCAACCUCCACCUAGGCGACUCAGUCUCCAUUUGGCCUAGUCUGUAAAGGCUUCGGCCUGGUAUGUAAACGGCAGCUGAGGUACUGUUGAGAGGGAAGGUUCUAUAGGUGUAGUACCAGUGUAGCUGCUGCUAGAGGGAACUGGUUUGCAACCUGGUUCUUUUCCCAGCAUGCACUUUUGGCUGAGUUGUGUGUUCUGGAACAGGGGUUUCGGGGGGGGGGGGUCUUACGUGGCCCAGGUGUGACAUUUGUAUUUGCAAACUUUCUAAGAUCCUUCGGACAUUCGCAUGGGACGUUGUGUCUGAAUUUGAAUGCAAUCGGUUUCAGAAAAAAGUGGAGACACACCCACAUGCCCUUUUUACGUGUGUGUGUGUAUAUAUAUAUAUAUAUAUAAGAAUUCCUAGGAAGUGUGUCGUAGCGACGUAGAUCCUUGAAACAGCCACCUAUUCAGUGUUGACUUGGUGUAUGAUACCUUUUGGUUUCUUUAUUGCAUAGUAAUGGGUACAUGUUGCUGUUGGAACGAUGACCCUUAUUACCGAUCACUUAAUGAUUAUUUUGUUACCACUUAACACCUGUUAGCUAACAUGUUGGUAAAAAGUAAGCAUUCUUUUAUUCCUUCAUUUGGUGCACGUUUAUGGAUGCAUUGAAAACAUGUUAGUUAUUACUAUUUUACCCCCCUGUGACCCAUUUUUCUUGUCAUGCUGGGUUAUUUAUGUGUGUACAAUUUUGUAACAAGAAAAUAAAAAACUAACAUUUUUUAAUGUUAGUCAUGUUAUGAGUCUUGAACUAGGUGCUGCUGCUUAUCCCAAGUAUUUUAAGAUGCAAUCCAAGAAUAGGCAUACAGUGGUACCUCGGUUUAUGAACACAAUUGGUUCUGGAAGUCUGUUCAAAAACUGAAGCGUUCAUAAACUGAAGCGAACUUUCCCAUUGAAAGUAAUGAAAAGUGGGUUAAUCCGUUCCAGACGGUCCGUGGAGUAACCGUUCAUAAACUGAAGUGAACUUUUCCAUUGAAAGUAAUGGAAAGUGGAUUAAUCCGUUCCAGACGGGAUCGUGAAGUACUUAAACUGAAGCGUUCAUAAACUGAAACAUGGGUGUAAUUGGUUCCGGAAGUCUGUUCAUAAACUGAAGCGUUCAUAAACUGAAGCGAACUUUCCCAUUAAAAGUAAUGGAAAGUGAAUUAAUCCGUUCCAGAUGGGUCCGCGGCAUUCAUAAACCGAAAAUUCAUAAACCGAGGUGUUCAUAAACUGAGGUUCCACUGUAUUUAAUUUUCCUUCUGCCAUAUAAGUGGCACCGAUGUAGCUCUUGUUUCCUCCCUGUCCUCUCCUAGUGAAAUAAAAAAAUUCCUUCAGUAGCACCUUAAAGACCAACUAAGUUUUUAUUUUGGUAUGAGCUUUCGUGUGCAUGCACACUUCAUCAGAUACAGAUCAGAUCAGAUACAGAUCAGAUGUGUAUCUGAUGAAGUGUGCAUGCACAUUAAAGCUCAUACCAAAAUAAAAACUUAGUUGGUCUUUAAGGUGCUACUGAAAGAAUUUUUUUAUUUUGUUUCAACUCAGACCAACACGGCUACCUACCUGUAACUAGAACUCUCCUAGUGAGUCUUUGAUGGCUCUGUGUGAAACAUCUGAGCAAAAGUGCAGCUGCAUAAUCUUUGCUGAAGAACUCAUAUGUUGCAUGAGACACCAGAGGGCACCAGAAGAGGGAGGGAAGCAAACCAUUGGUGUCGUAGGGCAUUAUUAGUUGUUGCAUUAGCACCUAAACUUACAUAUAUUGCAUAGUUUUAAAUACUUUUUUUAUGCUGACAGCCCUGUGCAGCUUUUUUUAUGCUGCUUUUAUUGUGUUCUUAUAUUUCUGUACUCCACCCUGAUAUGAGAGGGAAGUAUUUACAAGCUUUUAUAUCACUGCUAGAUCAGAUAUUCUGCGUAUAUUCAAGCUAAGCUAUUUGCAUAUGAGAACAUGCUCUUUUCUCGAGGGCGUUAGAGCCAGAGGACAUAGGUACAAGUGUCGCUGUCGAAUGCCAGAAGGUUCAAGUGCAUGUUAAAAAAAGAGAGGCAGCUGUCAGCAAGAUAAGUUCUCAAAGCAGAAGCUGGCUUCACCAUAUGAAAAGGUGUUUACAGUGUGAAUCAGAAGAAUGGCUUUGCCUUGGCUCUUGAGGAGAUUUAAUUGUUCUGCAUGUGUGCACCUUUCUUGGUAAUUUGGCGGCAGAGCUUUUCUUGCUUCACAUGCUCUGUAAUGUUACCCUGCUUGAAAUUCCACCCAUGAAAGUAGACACAGCUGUCAUCAAAAGCCAUUAACAGGUAUGUGCACACCCAUUUUUAAUACAUUGGACACAGGAUAGGCAGUAAAGAGUCUGUCAGGUUAAAUAACGCUUCUUGAGAGUGAAUAGCAAAGGUUCAUACAUGUGAUAAGGAAACCCACCCACCCCCGCAGUCUCUAUGGGCAUCUUUUGUCUUGUUGGUUGAUGUGGCUUUUCAUUUCCCCUUCUAUGCUACCUCCAGGCAAGUGGCACAAGUACCAAAUAAAGAUUAAAUUAAUUUCAGGAGGGCAAUGGGACUCUAGAAUUCUCUUCCUAACUCAAGCUUGCUUGCAAAUCCAUGAAAAUAUCUUCUAAUUUCAGUGCUUUUUGUUAAAGUUCUUAGAUAGCAGAUUUUGUUUACCUGAAGGUGCUGAAGACAAAGAUAUUGCUUUGGGUUGUUUUUUUUAAAGAAGCUAUUAUUACAAUUUGUAAGUGUCUCAAAAACUCAGUGAAUUUACAAUUCAAAAAACAAAAAGAGCUGUUGCAAUUGAUUGAAAAAGCUGCACCUGUAGAAUUUCUGCCUAGAUGUCCCCCCUCCCCACUGAACAACCAAGAUGUGAGGGUGCAUGGAAUCUAAUAUGUAAGCGAGCGUAACAUAUAAGACUAUACUAAAGUCUUGGCUGCUUAUGUGGCAUGGGAGUUCUUUACCAUUUCCAUAUUUACUGAAGCUCGGCUGGACGGCUGGAAAUUAUAGGCCUUAACCUUCAUCUUGAACCAAAGCUGCUGUUGUUUUUUUAAAACACAUAUUUAAAAUGAGACAAAUCCUUAAAUGCCAACACUGCUAAUGCAUUAGCUUUAACAGGGGUUGGGCACCUCAAUCCAGGAGCCAACAGUGUCAUUCCAAACCCUAUGUCUUGUCCUUGGGACUCUUUCCCAGGCUCCAGCUCUGACUGGCCCUGUUUUGCAUUCUCCAUAAGUGGGUUUCUGUUUCUGUUUUUGCCUGGCUGAAAUGUGUCAUUCCAGUCUGAUAAUGUCCCUUGCUUGCCUGGAUGAAAGAAAGGCAGAGAGCACUGUGCAAGUGUAAGCAGAAACUACCCUGCUGUACAAAGAUAGUAUUUCAAUUCGUUGCUCCACUCAUUUUUGCCUCUGCGCCACCAGCCAAGGGGACCUGACACUCUGAUGACAAAAGGUUCCUCACCCUUGAGUUAGAAGGAGAAACCAUUUUAAAGGCCAUCCAGUUUGGUGUACAGGGGUGAGAGCCCACGGGUUCCUGUGGCUUGCGGGGAAGGCAGCCUUUCAAUGUCAUGAAUUUUUCCUUAAACCUUUGUGGCUUUUUGCUUAUGGCAACCCCUGCUGCUGACCAAUCACAAGGGACAGGUUUCAGAGCUCCUUUUAUUUAACCACACCAGUUAAUCAGUUAAAGUUUUCAGCCGUUGGCUUACCACACCCCCAGAUCCCUGGUCAGAUAACUGCCUGUAUUAGCAUAUAUUUGUAGCCAUUGGAAACUUGGUAUCCAGAAGCAGCCUUUACAGUGCUGCUAUGAGUGUGUUGUGUGUGCGCGCACGUGUGUGCGUCCCUCGGCUGUGAAAUUUUCCCCAGUUGCUGACUCCCUCUGGAAAGGCUGCAGCUGUAAACAAGGUAACGAUGAUAAACACAAGAGGGGGUAUCCAGCAAGCAGUCAGGCUGCAGGUGUAGCUGGACCGCUGAAAAGAUCGCCUGCAUGCAGAUUAGCACAGAUAAGACACCUCAGGAGCUGCCACCUUGACAUUCCGCUGUUAUAAUUUAGAAUCCGAGGGAUAACAUUUGAAAGAAUGGAAGAGACAGAAGAAAAUCACAGUGCUCUUGAGGUGGCUGAUAGCAGUUGCAAUGAGAGCAAAAGCCACAAGACGAUUCUUCAUCUGCUUAUAAAAAUGAUCAACAAGUCUCGAUGGAAGAUACUUGGAGUAUUGGCUAUAUUUUUGGUGAUGGUGUGGUAUACAAAAUCCCGGGAAGAGAGUUUUGAUUUCCCAGUGCCAAAGAUGAUUUGUCCUCUGGGAGAGGUGGAGAAGAAAGCUGCACAGCUCAUCACAAAUUACACACGGAAACAUCCACUAUUUUUACAGCUAAAGGAUUACUUCUGGGUAAGGACCCCCUCACCCUACGAGCUGCCAUAUGGUACUAAAGGAAGCGAGGAAAAUCUCUUGCGAGUUCUGGCGAUCACAAGUUAUGCUCUGCCUGAAAGUUUACAAAGUUUGAAGUGCCGGAGAUGUGCAGUAGUAGGAAAUGGACACCGGCUCAGAAACAGCUCUAUGGGAGAAGCUAUUAACAAAUACGAUGUUGUGAUCAGAUUGAACAAUGCACCAGUUUAUGGUUAUGAGAGCGACGUGGGCUCCAAGACCACUAUGCGGCUCUUCUACCCGGAGUCAGCACAUUUCAACCCCCAAAGAGAAAACAAUCCAGACACAUUGCUGGUGCUGGUGCCAUUCAAACCCAUGGAUUUCCAGUGGAUGGAAACAAUAUUGCACGACAAGAAAAGGGUUCGGAAGGGCUUUUGGAAACAGCCUCCCUUAAUUUGGAAUGCGAAUCCUGAGCAAGUGCGAAUCCUGAACCCGUAUUUUAUGGAAAUAACCGCUGCCAAAUUGCUUAAGCUUCCAAUGAAGCAGCUGAAGAAGUUAAAACAGAGACCAACCACAGGAUUAGUGGCUAUCACCGUAGCAUUGCACUUCUGUGACAUAGUUCAUAUCGCGGGCUUUGGAUACCCUGACUCCAAGAAGCAGGCCAUUCACUACUACGAGCAAGUCACAUUGAAGUCGAUGACUGGUUCAGAACACAAUAUCUCACAUGAAGCAUUAGCAAUAAAAAAGAUGCUUGAACUGGGUGUCAUCAAGAACCUCACCUACUUCUGAUGGAAAAUGGACUGUCGUUUUGAGGUUUUUUUUCUGAGCCAGCUGCUGGUCCAGCACAGCUGCCCAUGGCUAGCUGUCCCUUGCCCCCCCCCCACAUUGACUGGUGUGGAGACCCUGCAGCUUCACUCGAAACACUGGGGUGGAAGUGUGUGACCCUUAGAUGUAUUGGCAGCUAAGGAUGGAGAUGGUCUGGGAAGUGGUUGGUUGAUGGCAGCAGCUGGAAGCAGGGUGGAUGCUGCCUUCUACAGAGUCCUCUUUGCACGGACUGUUACAGGAUUUUCUCUGCAUAAAGUUGAGACUUUUAGAAACAGAAGUUCCCGAAAUCUUCACUCAGGGCAGAGAAGAGCCUUUGGGAGGCAAAUGACUGAGCUGCCUGUGGGCCUCAAGGGUGGCACAAGUGACAUUCCCGUGGGGGGUCAAAUUAUCACCCCUGUGGCAUCUCGAGAUCUUAAUCACUUUUGCCUUCUGACUCCGGGAAGUGCAGUGGUAGCUGCUGUUUCUGUUGAAACUAUGUUAGGUGUCACCAGACGGAGGGGGGGGCAAUUAAAUGAAGGAUUAUUAGCUGCCUGCCAUAUUUAAUGUUUCUGUUUGAAUGAGACAAAAGUGUACUGGUUCAAGUCCUCCGUGCAGUGAAGGAGUUUGGAAUUCCCAGGAGAAAGCUGUUAGGGAUGGUGGGAGUUGUGAUGUUGAUUUCUCUCAUUCGGUUCUUAUUUUUUGGAGUCUGUGACAUAAGAGGAGGGUACCCUACAGUAUUUGAUAAGUGGUUUUUUUUUUUACUUAAAAAAAGGUGCCGAGCUGAACAUGGGUGUUUCUGGGCACUUCGUUGGAAGUAAAUCCUCCUUCUGUGAAGGAUAUGUGUGUGUGUGUGUGAGAGAGAGAGAGAGAGUGUGUGUGUGUGUGUGUGUGUGUGAGAGAGAGAGAGAGAGAGAGAGAGAGAGAGAGAGAGAGAGAGAGAGAGAAUGAGAGUAUGCCCGUCCAGUAUACGAAGUCUGUUCUUAAAUAUAAGCUGUAGGCUUUCCCCCCCCUCUAGCAUUUUUGGGAGUUACUUCCCAUCAGACAUAAGACUCCAGUACAAAGGAAAUGGCAUAACCAAAGCUGAAUGUUGAAGGAAAGGGGGCGGGGAGAGAUAGUUGGGAAUUGUGUCUGUUUUGUAGGGGGGGGGGAUGUUUUAUUAUUCCUCGCUCACAAAACCUAAAUUCUGCACUGCGCCAUUGUCUUUUCUAGUAGCAGGAUGAGUGUUCUGGUCAUUUAGGAUGAAGGCUCUUCUCAUGCACCUAAAAAGGGGGCAGAUUUUGAAGUAAGCUGCCAGUUUAAGUGGGCAGAGAAUUAGGUGGAGGCGGGAGUGGUCCAGACAUUUCAGAAAUGGGCCUCAGGUCAGAUGUUCUAGUCUUGCCUGAGGCACAGACAAGUGCUUGGAAGAGGCUCUCCUCCAAAUAUUGUUUUGGGCUAGUUGUACAAGAAUCAAUACUUUAACACCCCCCCUUCUUUUAAUUCCAGCUUUGAGAUCAAAGUAUAUCUCUUAAAUUUGCUUAUUGUUGGUUAAAGGGUCUGAAUUGACUGCUGCACACUUUGGAACCUUGUAUUUCAUCCACGAGGGGAAGAAGACAAAGGGGAGGAAGGUGACGAUAUAAUUUCCCUGUCUACCACCCGCCACACCUUGUGUGCACAACCACCGUGCCUUAGCUGUGAUUGCAAGUGCCCAACUUUGAAGGGCCUGCUGGGAAUGUAACUUCCUUAUGGCUUAGGCCAUCACACCUAUUGCCAAGAAGGCAACUGACUGAAUUGAGUUGCUCAUGUUAUGUCCCUUUGAGAAUGCACAGCGAGCUUCAACUUGGGAACUGGUUUGUUGCAGAAAUCCAGAUGGAUCCCCGGAAGAAAAAAAGUUCUUAAAUGUUGUUAUUUCAAAGGAGUUUGAAUCCUACAGAGAAUGUUGGAAGUAUCUUUCCUGGUUAAGCAAUUACUGCAGUUCAGUGUUAAGUAAUUUAAUAAAUUAAAUUUAAAAAAUACCCUUUGCAAAUCAUGCAUCUUUUGUAGAAUAAGCUUGAUAUUUAUUACCAAUGAAGUUUUCCUUGCGGUUUAGGGUGAUCAAGAACAAUUUCAUGCAGUGUGGUGAUGAUUUGGGACCAUCUCUUAGAGGUGGCAAAGGAUUUUUCACCUGCAGCUGGUUUCUAGCCCCAUAAAGGGUGACAACAAUGAUGGAUUGUUCCAUAUCAUAUCCAUACAAAGCAGGAAUGAAAUUAUGGAACAAAGCACAAGUCAUUGCAUUGUUGGAACUAUCAAUACAGUUGUACCUCGGAAGUCAAACAAAAUCCAUUUCGGAAGUCUGUCCAACUUCCAAAACGCUCAGAAACCAAAGCGUGGCUUCUGAUUGGCUGCAGGAAGCUCUUGUCAAGCUCUUAAAAUACAGGGCUUUUGUUUUUUAUGUUGUUCACCAACCUUAGAGUGCUAUAUUGGAAAUUCAGAUUUUCAUAUAUCCUCCAUGUAUGAAGACAGUGUCUUCAAACAGCAGAUGUGCUGCAAAUUUUUGAUAAUUUGGGUGAAUUUUCACUACUUUUGACUAAUUGAAACAACAUCGCCUGUCCUAGGUAAGUAUAUUAUUUAUUUCUUUAGCGCAAUUUUAACUCACUGUUUAGCCUAAACGCCACUCAGAACAGCUUACAGGCAAUCAAUUAAAACAAGACAGGUUGCGCCCAUAGGGUUACACUGUAAAAUACACAACACCCAAGGAGAAAGGGAUAUGGAAGAAAGGGAGGGUAAAAGAAUUCAAGCACCAAUCAUUAAAAGUUAAACAUUCUUAUAAUGAUCAACUGCUAGGGAAAGAACAAUGGAGCUGUUUUUCCAGCAGAGCGGGUUGAAUGGGCUCUGUUCACCAUCUCUCCCACAGAGACAGCCUGCUAUAAUGGCUGCUACCAGGUGAUAGUUGAAGAAGAGAAGGCCCAGGGAUGCUACUUGUCUCACAUGUAUCAUUCCACCCCAUUUAGUCCUGUCACUGUAAUGGACUUCUGUAGGAAAGUAAAUAUUGAUGGCCAUUUCCACUUGGAUGGCAUAGAAGGCAUAGGGUGGAACUAAAAGAAGGGUAGACUUCACAUGCAGGUUGACUCGUCUGCAGUUUCCAAAAUCCUGCAUGUGCAAUGGGCCAAAUCUGCUUAUGGGGUGUGCCCCCGUUACUCCUUAUUCUCAUUUUGGACUCACAUUCUUGGUAGUAUCCUGUGUUCAAACAAAACAUUGGGUUUGCUAGGAGUGUUGAAUCUGUGCUGGUCAUUGGGUCCCAGCUUGUUCCAAGGCUCUGGGUUGCUGUUUUUGUCUCAGCCAGGCAGAGAAACAGAGGAUGCUCUCCUACAAGUGAGGAUAUUCAAUCUUUGGUGGUGCACCCAUUUCCUUACCCAUUUCCUUGUAUAUAUUUUGGGUAUUAUUGGCGCACACACCUUUAAAAGUGUCUUGAACCAA